GCGGGGCUAAGUCUAGAUCUCGUGCGUGCUGCUGCAUGGCCAUGGAGGAGCAGAAGAGAAAAACAACCAAUGGGUUUCACUUUAGUGAGUUCUCCAGCAAGAGAAAGCACUCUGGAGACCCAAAGAGAAAGAAUGGAUCCACUAGAUGGUCAGGAGAAGCCGGGCAGCAGCAUUCCCGCUACAAAAGAAAGAUGGAUCAGCCACAAGACAAGCCUCUGGUCUCUUUCCCGGCCUCUAAGACAUUCACACCUUCCCUUGGUUUCAGUUUAAAUCAGAACGGAGGGCUGGGGCUCAGCAGAACACAGAGUUUGCAUUACUCCUGCUCAAACUGCCUACCAUCUCAAACAAGAAAUGAAUUCAUUGAUUUGGAAUAUUAUGGAGCUGGUCUGAUUGAUAUUCUAACUAUCGACAGAGGCUCAGUCAGUGGUUUGGCUGGUUGGAUGGCACCUACAUUAACAUGGACUCUCACUAAUACAGUGAUACCACUAGCCAACCCAAAGAAAGAAACACUUGAGUCACAAAGAGUUCAAACAGCUAUAAGUGACUCUGCAAAGCUCUCAAUGGACGAUGACGAUAAAAUGUCAGAGGCUGUGGCACUCAAGAAGCAAGAGAGAAGAGCUAAAUCUAUCCUUGACACAAUGUCAGGAGCUGUUUCUACUACUAUAUUAAGGAUGGCUAAUUAUACACUACUUUGGGUUCUAAGACGAUUAUUUAGACAUUUUUAUCUACAGAGAAGUCACGUGAAGAUGCUAAAAGAUGCACAAGAAAGAGGUGUUCCUAUAAUAUUUCUUCCAUGUCACAAGAGUCAUAUUGAUUAUAUAUUAAUGUCUAUCGCAUUAAUUAACAUUGGUAUCAAAGUCCCUCAUAUAGCUGCAGGAGAUAAUCUCAAUAUUCCAGUAUUCAAUUACUUCAUUCAUCGUCUUGGGGGUUUUUUCAUAAGACGUAAAUUAGACACAGGCAACAAAAGGGAUGACUUGUAUCGGGAGUGUCUCCAGGAGUACAUUGAGCAGCUGCUAAAAGCUAACCAGAACAUUGAAGUGUAUAUUGAGGGUAGCAGAAGCAGAAGUGGUAAACCCUCUCUUCCUAAAUCUGGUAUCCUCUCUUAUUUUGUUGAAGCUGUGAGAGAUGGUAGUGUUUCAGACAUUUUACUUGUUCCUGUUGGUGUUGCUUAUGACAGAAUUGUUGAAAGGAAUUUUAUUCGUCAUGAGCUAAUGGGCGGUAACAAAAAGCCAGAGAAUUUUUUUAAAGCACUUGGUGGGAUAUGGAGGAUGAUAUCUAGUGAUAUUGGAUGUGUUAGGCUUGAUUUUGGUCAGCCCUAUUCACUCCAGGAUUAUUUGCAUUCUCUUUAUAUUUCUAAUCAACCAUUGAUGUCAAUUAUCAGUCACUCUCCUUCUUCCCCAAACUCGUCCAAACAUUCCACCAUCGACCGGAAGGCAGUAACUGCUCUUAGCUAUCACAUUGUUUAUGAUUUUACUCAAGUUUCAACUAUAAUGUCCACCAAUAUCGUUGGUUUUUUGUUAUUAACAAAAUACAGACAUGGUGCUACUAUUGUACAACUCAUCAAUAGUUAUAAAUGGCUCUCUGAUAGAAUUGCUAUCUCUGGCAGAGCUCUUGGUUUCUCUGGUACACCAUCAGAAGCUGUUCAUUAUGCUUUAAACUAUCUCUCUCAUCUUAUUACCUAUGAUGAUUCUAAUGUUGCUAGGGGCAGUGCUUCAGUUGUCAAGGGAGUUGAUCCUGAGCUGUACAGAGUCGUGUGCCCCAAGUUGGACCUUCCUGACGUAUUUCAACUCUCGCAUCAUAGCAAUCAAGUCACAGUACUCUUUAUGAAGGAGGCCAUUACUGCUUGUGGGUUAGUAGCUAUGCUUGAGUACGAAAGAAGAUAUGAUCCUCCAAGUAAAGGAGAAGAGAAUGAGGAGACUGUUCAGUCACCUCAAUAUGUAUCACAGGAAGAUUUGUUGGAUUAUGCUUUUGAUAUCACUAAGAUGAUUGGAAGAGAAUUCACAUUUGCUCCACCUUGUCUUGAUUUGUCUCAAGUACUUCAUGAUGGCAUUGAAGGACUGAUCGUUGCUGAUGUAUUGAAAAGACAAUCGAAUUCAAGCAUUGGAUUGCAUGAAAGGAAGAUUUAUCACUGCAGUACUGAUUGGAGUGAUGGAAGUGAUGGUGAAGAAGAUAAACCAGAGGUGUUAUUAGAGGUUUCAACAACACAGCAAGCUAGAAGUUACACUUCAUUUCUAGUCUCAGUCUUGGGUCCAUUCAUUGAAGGCUAUUGGAGUGUGGGGAUGGCUCUUGACACUUUAUGGGAACAGCAAGAGAACAAGAAACAAGACAAUCCUCGCGAGACUUGUUUUUUGCAAGAGCUACAGCAUUCAAUGAUUGCAAGGCAUCAAGAGGGACAGUUAAUUCAUGCCGAGAGCUGCUCAAUGGAUUUAUUGCGUAACGGAUUACGUUCUUUUGUUUCAUUGCAAGCUGUGACUAUUAAUCCCGAUGGACACGUGUUUGUUAUUGAUCAAAAAGAACUCAAAAGCUUCACUGUUCUUCUCUCUUAUUGCAAAGUGUAGCUGAGAAAUGCAAUGUAUGCACUAUAAGAGAUUGACUGACACAUUUGUUAUCUUUAUUUCAAUCUUCUUUUCCCUGUUUCUUUGUAUCGCCCUCCCUUAGCCAACCAUUCACAUUCUGUUAUAUAUUCUCAUUUAUUGAUUAUCUCUCUUACUAUGUACAUGGUAUCUUUUCUUAUUCUGUUGUGCCAUUGAACUCAAAAAUUUGAUGUUGUAUACAUGUUUUAAUUGUGUGUGUGUGUGCCCCCCAAGUAGGGUUUGUAUAAAUAUGUUUUUAAGUUUCAUUUGUGAAAUGAAACCUUGUAUAAA